AUGGCGCCAUGGACGUCGUCUCAGACGUUCUUCGACGUGAUGGUGUCGCAAACCGACUUGGUGAGCCGGGGUGCGUGGCAGAUUCUUACGCGGUCGGACGGCGGUCUGCCCUGGGAAGAUGGUCAUGUCCCUACGACGUGGCUUGAGGGCCAUCAACCCAAGCUCGCCAAAGUGAGGUCGUUUGUGUCGCGCUACAAGGCGAUCAGCACCGAGAUGGCGAAGCGCGACGCGCUGAGGACAAAGGCAGACAGUGACAGCGAAGGUCGCACUGCGGUGCUUGGCUGGAUUGACCGUCAGCAGAAGACCAAGUGGGACGUCCGUGCACGUAUUCUGGAUGUGCUCGAGGAGUACGACUAUUCACCAUACCAGUGUAUGCGCACACUUGGCGCCAAAGAGCUGGGAACUGCCGAUGAAUGCGCUGUGUACACUGUGACCUCGCAGAUCGUCGGAGAGUUGUUCGGCGAUGACGCCGUGCGUAACGGCACGCAUCCUGAGCCAUGGGCGCACAGCGCCGUUCGCCGGCUCAUCCAGAUCAUGUGGAAGACCGAGAGGACGCGAAUCAAGCGGGAGAUCAAUUCUUUGGAGGCCUUUGCGGAGAAGGUGAACGAGAAAUGGGAGGCUGUGCAGUCGAAGAAGAACUUCAACGUCGCAGUGAAAGCGUACGCGAAGCAGCUUGCUGAGAAGGUCGAACUUGGGAAGAAGAUCGACAACCCGCUCGUAACCCCCAACUGGAAAGGUCACAUCGAGAAGGUGGAAAGGAUUUGCGAGCAACUUGCUGAUCGGUCGCAGGCAGUGAAAGGCCUUCCGAAGACUGUCAUCGAAGCCAUUCAGCAGCUCGCGACCGAGGAAGAAGUGCAAGA